CCGAUUAGGAAAAAAAUUAUUUCGAAGAAUAAAAAUAUAAAAUUCAGCCUUUAUUAGCCAUUUACGCUUGCGGCCAGCAGGCGUCGUGAUUUUCCUUCUGUCAUUUAGCAGAGUCUUCUGUUUCCAAGUUCCGACAAGAGGGGCGUAGGAGUAUAUUAUUUCUAUUAAUUUUAGGAAGAACCAAAUAGGAAGCUGAUACUGAACACAGGGUAAUUCAUUCAAGAGCUUUAAUGGCGUUUCCUUGUGAAGACGAUACCCAUAUCUCUUAUAAACAAAAAACUCAUUCACUUCCUAGCUGUAACUCUUAAUGCAUUAAAUCCUUUUUGUAUAAAGCUCUCAUGAACAACCCCAUACCUUUGCAUUUUCUGCUGCAACCUCCCAUGGCGUAGGAAGCAGGAAACCCGAUUUGGGUUUGACGUUUCUUCUCUAUUUGUAACAAUGUCCAGACGAAGAAAAGUAGCAGAUGUAUCAAAAUGGAGAGAGGGACAGAGGAGAAGCCCGCGAAUUUCAGCACUAGAUGCGUUUAAGGCCCAACAAUCGAGGCGCGUGUGUGCUACGCCAAAGCCAAAGAGGCAUCAUCACUCUCGCUCUCAGCCUAAAGGACCAGCCUCCCGUACCAGAGCUAGGAAAAAGCGAAAGCUGAAGCCUCUUGAAGAUGUGGAAGCUCAAUCUCCCCAGGGUGGUGAAGAACCAAAUCAGGAAGAUCAUCAGGGUAACAACAAUCAACUAUUUUCAGUGGACCAGGAUAUUCCUAAACAUGAAGAUGAUGAUGCUACCCGACUUGCAGAGCAAUCAUUUACUACGCAAUCUACCUCAUGGAUGCGAAGAAAGCGUGUACUUGAGCUUAUCCUUGACAUUCUACAGAGGAGAGACACAUACGAGAUAUUUGCUGAACCAGUUGAUCCUGACGAGGUCGAGGACUACUAUGAGAUCAUCAAAGAACCCAUGGACUUUGGCACCAUGAGAGCUAAACUUCAUGAAGGAAUGUAUUCAAGUCUUGAACAAUUUGAGCAUGAUGCAUUUUUAAUAUCCAAAAAUGCUAUGCACUUUAAUUCCUCAUCUACCAUUUACUUCAGGCAGGCGCGUGCCAUACAUGAACUUGCGAAAAAGGUUUUCCAUGCUCUUAAAAUGGAUCCAGAAAACUUUGAAUCUGAAUUUUCAGAAACAAGGCGAAAAAAUGGUAGGAUGCGCCCUGGUGAAGCUCGAAGGUCAUUAAAUUACUCAACUCCAAAACUUCCUACAAAUAUGAGAUUCAAUAGCUUGGUGACUAAUGAAUCAUCAAAAAGCAUGCUAUGUUCAUCAAGUGGUUCGAUAAAUGUCAGGAGAGGUCCUAAAGGGAAUCUUGAGUGCUCUGCUAGUGCAACGUAUUUUAAUACAAGAGAUUAUGAAAUGCUUUCUGGUAUGAAAGAUGGUAGAAGAGCCAGUUCUUCUCGGGCAGAUCGACGGUCAACCUAUAUACCUUGGACAUCCUUCCUCAACAAGACUAAGUCAGCUACUUCAACAAUUUGUGAUGCCUCAAAAUCACUAAUACAUGUGAAUUUGGAGGAGUUUCGUUAUAAAGAAAGCUUAAUGCUAUUCGUUAAAGAUUUAGGACCAACAGUCCAAAUGAUUGCAAAACGAAAAUUAUCACUCGCUUCCUUGCAUUCUACAAAUCCAGGUUCAAAGUGCGGGUUUGAGGCUGACAAGUGUGAAAAUGCUAUCACAUUAGGCUGUGUCCAAAAGAAACACAAGAACCCAGAUGUGGUGCAAGAUUUGGGGAAUGGGAUUCAUAACUUGGUGAGAAAUGUUGGUUAUGAAAGAAGGCAAUGUGAUUUGGAGACAAGAGAGAAAGAGUAUAAAUGUGUCAGCAUUUGUUCAGGCGUAACGGUAGGUGGUAGCGAUGAAAAUGAAAUUGGUGGUGUGGGUAAUAAUAUUUACGAGAACAGAACGAGCGGUGGACUUGAGUUGGGUUUUGCAUCGUUUUGUGGUGGGAGAGAAUUGAAAUUUUCAGGGAAGGAAUCAUGGAGAAUGAAAAUGGGAAAAGAAAAGAUUGAGGAAAUGGGAGAAGAUGAAAACAGGGGAUUCAUUUUUGAUCUGCCAUAUUUGAAGACAAGACUGGAUGAGAUUAAUAAAAACUGUCAAGAGUUAUCAUUAGAUAAGCACCACAGGGAUGUGGCUCUUCACCUGUAAAACACUUCUUUAACGCUUAUGCAUAUUACU